UCUUGCUACGCGCCUGAAAUAAAGCUGUUUUUACUUUGGUUUCGUUGGUCUUGUUCUAGAGAAAGACAGCUCAUUCUAGUCCUAGAUAAACGUACUAAUGUACUUAAUUUUUUGAGAGGUUUGAUUAUUCGAUGCAUUAAAACUUGUCAGAUAUGCAUAGACUUAAUUUCGGACAAUAACGUUUCGUACAGCGCUCAUAUAGUUAGAAAAUUAGUUAGCACUUGGUAAUUUAGCAUGAAAUUACUUAUUACAUAUGUGAUUGUUUCAUCUUGGCUUUCAAAUAAGGCAUGAAAUCUUACUGAUUGCCCUAGAAAAUCAACAAAUUAUUACUCACACAUUAGUUUGAGCUUGUAUAUGAGCGGCCCAACGUCAAUUUAUUAGUAACAAUAUGUUUUCUUUAAAGAAUGUGUGGUAUCAUCAUGGAUAUGAGCAAUAUUUUUCAUAGCAAUAUAUUAUUUGUAUUUCACGCAUUAUGUUAAUGGAUGACAAAAUGUCAAACUUAAGGUUUUCAAAUUAAAGUUUGGCUAACAUUUCCAAAUACCUUGGGAAACUUAGCUCUCGUUUGUCAUAAAAUUCAUCUAACUUAACUAAUAAUUUGGCCUUUUACUCAGUAGCCCACAUUCUAGGACAAUAAAAUCUCAAUAUUUCACGCACACUUAGGGCUCAAAACAGAUACGGACGUACGACGUAUGUGUGAAAAUGUACAAACUUCAUACGUUUCUUUUAAUGCAAUUUUCUUUUAAAAAGGUAGUGUCAGCUAUUAAUAUUAUAAUAUUGCUUGAAAUUUCUAAGGCUCAAUAGUCAGUAAUUGGCGAUAAUAUUAUGCUAAGUGUGACUUCUGGAUCAUUCUACUAUUUUACAUUACUGGCUCUUUUUCUAUCAAGUUUUGAGCUUACUUAUUACUUCAUGCUUCUAAUUGUCCUGUGGGCCGUUUUCCGUUUUAUUUAUUUGCUUUCGAACUGCACUUGCUGUUUUACCCUAAUUUUUAGUCUUUCAGGGAUCUUAUCUCAUCUUUCCUCACAUUUUUAUUUUAAAAUUACCUGUUUUUAUCGAGUACAGAAUAGGAUUUUACCAAUUUUUAUCAACUUUUUUGGACAAACGGAUCGUUUUGGGUUUACAAAAUGGAUUUAAAUGCAUACAAAGGAUGGUCUUCUGAACUUCAUUCUACAUACAAUCAACUUCUCGAAUAUGAAAGUUUUUUGCGUUUGUUUCCUGUAGAGGUUGCUAACUCUAUAGCCACCAGUACUGUAAUGAGUGUGAAGUGUGAUUGUUCAUGUACUCUUCUGUCAUCGUCUGGUGAUGUAGUACCUGCCAAUACCGAUGCAACACAUGAUGGUUCUGUUUCUCAUCGAAGCGAAUCUAUAUCUCUUCCCCAAAAUGUUUCUUCAGCACCGAAUCCGCGUUCAUCUUUUUCUGGUCAGACUUCCGUAGUACGUUUUGAUUCUCCAGAUGAACUGCGUUGGGUUAUGCACGCUAUCACUUACGGACUGACUAUGUCAUCUGAAAAUUGGGACGUCAUCAAACACAGUGCACAUAUUUACUGCUAUUGGAUCAAAUGUCUUAAUUCUUCAACACGCUCCACACAAUCAGGGAAUUCGAACUCACCAAUUCCGUUGAUUCUACAAAAGGAGCCACAACGUUUCUUAAAGUCCCUUUUGUUCUCCCUUACUUAUUAUUUCCUUCCACGUGAUCCAGAACCAUUAAGUGAUCAGCCUAAGUUAAUGUUUUCAACCCUUGGUCGAAGUUUAGCACCUCCACAGUAUUUGACUAGUGCCGACUCAUCAGAAGCUCCAUCUUCUUUUACAGUGAUCGAGUCAACACACUUAUCAGCGUUGCUAAAUAAGCAGUUAGACAUUAUAAAACUGGUGGCUGCUGCAGUCGAAGAAUUAUGCUCAGUACCGACUCAGUUAACAUCUGACUCCUGGGAUUGUAUAUUGCGGUUUUGUCUGAUCAUAUGUCAUGCUAUUCUGUCACCACCUUUACAUUUACCAUCAGGAUUAAUCCAGUCAUCUACUGGGGCUUCUCAGAUGACCAGUACUUUUAUUUCGGGAUCAGGAUCUGUUGGUGGACCUAAUUCUAUAGCUCUUUUGUCAAAUCAUUCCAGUUCUUCAGAUGUUAGGGGCACCAAGGAUUCAGCUACCUUAUUUGACGUCAUAUCAGACUGCGUUUCCAACUUACUAUUCAGUACUUGGUUAAAAGCUUGUACUCAUUGUUUUCCUAAACCACAACUCUGGGUCGCAUUUAGAGAGUGCGCAAGAGUAUGGCGACAUCAUAAUGCGUUUAUUAAACAGUGGUCUCGUGUUUCCGUGGCACUAUCCGCUACUUUACUUGGUAUACUAAAUAAACCUACUAACUUAAACGCUUAUGCUUCUUUCAUUCAAUUAAUUCCAUCUGAUCUACCUGAUGGAAAUGCGAAAGAAUCUUGGAUUCGUAUGUUAUAUUUGAUCGACAAUCCAGUAGAUCUUAGUCAUGAACGUUUAAUAUGUAAUACACCGAUUUUUGAAGAAUAUAAGAAAUACAAUUGCAAUGAUAGAAUUCGAUGGACAUCUGUUUAUUUCCCUUAUCUAUAUCAUCAAGCCCUACGUGGUCUGUCAAUGAUCGUGGAUGCAUUUUUGGGUAUUCAGCCAAGUCUUACAGUUGGUAUUGAUCCAUUUGUUGGUGUAAUUCCAGAACUUUAUGGUCCUAUCGGUCGAUUAUUUCAAAGUUACCCUUCAUUUCAUAAGUACACAGAUACACAAAGCGUGAACAAUGAUGAUGAAGUCAGGAAAGCCCUUAUGACGGGUUUUUCAAAUAUUCAAGGUGGAACACGAUUGGCUGCUGGUAGUUUUUCUACAGAAAAAGCAACUAGAAAAUCUAGAUUAGCAAGCGUCGUCACGUCUGCUGGUAUUCUUGCUUCCGCUGGAACUUCUGGAGGUUUGAAAUCUGGGUUGGCUCCAUUUAAUAGUACUUCAGUACAUAUUCCUCAUACCAAUAGUAGUUCGUUAACUCCUAUUGAAAUUAAUGCUUCUUUGACAAAUGCUUUUCAACAGUCACAAACUCCUAGUUCACAAGCAUCUUUGCAGUUAUCAAAUGCUUCAACAAGUGGACAGUCAGUUAAUCAAAAAUUAGGAAAUAUUCCACCUAUAUUGUCUUUAGUUAAUAGAAAUCUACAGGUCGACCAUUUACAGAAUUUAGCUACAAAUUGGUUAUCAACCUAUUCUCAAAUUAUCUUAAAUCCUCAAAGACCAGAAAUAAACUCAUUGUUACAACUAUUUGGUGCUUGGCUUUUUGAAGCAUCAGUAUCAGGAGUUAAACAAGAUUUAAGUGGUAAGUAAAUCAGUUUCCAGUAAUUCACCUCUUUUUUCUGUCUUAUUUUAUGGUUGUUGACUAAAUUAGGAUAAUGUUGAACAUUGAUUUCUUAACCCAAAAUGUACAUUUGAUACCGAUGUUUAUUACGCCAUUCGAAUAUCUCUCAGCAUUUUCAAUCAUUUCUAGAUUAUAUAAUAAUUAUUAUUAUUUUCAUAAUAAUAAUAAUAAUAUUAAUAAUAAUACCGUCAGAAAUUAAUGAAAUUCAACUUAGGCUUAAUAUCCAAUGUUUUCGUCAUGUUCAUCAGUUCUCAAACUGAUUUCACUCUACUAAAUAAUCGAUCUCCUCUAAAAUAUAUUCAGUUAGUAUAUGUGAUGCCUAAAUUUUUUCAUCAGUUUUUCUACUACUUAUAUUUAUGAUAGUACUUAUCUUAAUUAUGUUUGUGUUCUCAUAUAUUACAGCAGAUUUUUUAUACUCGUUAAUUUAUACAUUUAUAUUUCUUAGAAUAAUUUCAUUUAGAUAUUACGUUCAUGGUAACGUUCUUUUCUAAACGAAAUACCAAUUUUCAUCUAUUCAUCCAAAAUAAUUUUGUUAGAAAUAUAUUUCUAAAAAAGGUCCAAUAUAGUUGACUUCUGUAUUAAUAGGACUUUUUUUUUUACUGAAAUUACGACUAUUGAAGACCUGGAGAAAUUGAAUAGCCAUUUCGUUCUAGUAUGAGACUCUUCAGUAAUGCGCAUCUACGACCCCGUAAACAAGAAUCGAACCCAGGACCUUCAGUCUCACUUUUGUUAUUUUUAGUUUACUAUUGGUAAUGCUCACGAUGACAUUCGAUUAAACCUUUCCACUAUUUACAUUCUUUUAUCACCUCUACAUGUCUAGAAAAAACACUUGUCUAUUCAGCAAACUAAUACUUUUACUAAUAUUAAUCAUCAGUUAAUCAAAUCCAGUUUGAAUAGUGUAUAUCUUUUCUAACUUAACCCGUUGUCGCAAAAUUCAAAUGUUUUGAAAAUAGACAUCAUGCAGCAAGCAGUAUCAGGUACUUCCCAUACUGUUACCUCCGAAGGACAAUCGUUGACAAAAGUUGACGGAUACAUCGUAGUUGGGCAGAUCUGGUUAGCCCUUUAAUGGAUUUGAAAUCUAUUCUUUAUUUUCUUCUGAAUCUUGAGUUUUAAUACUUUUUUUAUAUUUCUUAUUUCUUAAUUUCAUUUGUUCUUUUUACAUUAUAGUCUCUUAUUUUAACUUUUAUUGAUACUUCAGUUAUUUUAACAUCUUUGCUUUCUUAUCUCUUGUAAUAACAUGUGGAGCACUUUGGAUCAGAAUAUAUUUGUAUCAGGUCAUAAGUUGUAUAUCAACUACUUUCUAAAUAAACGUAGAAUAGGUUCAGAAUUACAUUAUAUUUAAAAAUUGUAAGGGGAUUUCCAAUAAAUGAAUCUGAAUAAUUGUGUUCAAUUUUGUGCUCUGUUACUUGGCUUCAUAUUUCUCUAAAUUACAAAGCCUAACCUAAUUGAACAAUAUGCCAAAGAUAUUGAGGCUAGUUACAUGUAAUGUUUUCACUUAUUCAACCAUCGACAAUCUGAUUCUGCAAAUAAAAGGUGAAACAUAUUGAGUUGAUACUGCAAUAUGCUAACUUUUGGCAAAUAUUCAGAUAGCUUUGAUAGCUCUUAAGUUGGUGAUCUAUCGAUCAGUAGUGAAGAUUUAAUGUAUCAAGUGAACACGUGUUACCAAGUCCGAUAAGUGUUCAAACGUUACAGGCUUCAAAAAAAUAAGCAUCUUGGAGGUGGGUAUCUCACUCGUCAACUAUACUUGAAAUCUUCCUAUUAUUAUUGGUCUUAUUGCUUCUUUAUGCUAGUUAAAUAUAGAGUUAUUAUAUAUGGAAAUUAAUCUUGGAGUAGCAGUCACACCGUUUAUAUCUGAUAUAAUGGGUGGUUUAAAAUAUUUCUCUCUCUGGUAUGCUGCAAUAUUAUGUUGAUACGAUAAUGAGACUUAUCACGUUAUAUCAGAUCCUGGAUUCACGACUCACAAUAGCGAAGUAGAUUAACACUAGAUAGUAUUUUAUUCAUCACAGUUACGAGCAGUCACUUUCGAUGAGCCCAGGAUAGAAAUCAAUGAGAAAAAAGAAAAUCACAUAUCAAAUAGUCAGUGGUCUCUGUCUGCUUGUUCACGCUCAACGACCGAUCAUAUUUUACUUUCACUAUCACUUAUCAGUGCCAUUUUGGUGUUCUGUACCAGGAUUAAACUUUUAAGAGUUGAUCAUUUUGUCUCUUGUAUAAUAAAUAUCACUCGAUAUUAUUAAUUAUUUUAUAUUCCUAAAAUUGGGAAGUCAUCAUGUUAGAAGUAACUCGACUAGUCUCUAUAACCACGUAGCAUUUCUGUUUUGUCGUACACUUGGACACCAGAAUUCCCUACAUCUUUCAGUCAACUGUAGAAAAUUGUGGAAAUUGUUGAAUUUUUAAAGUUUUAUAUUUAUUUUUUUCGGAUUGUUUCUUGUUUGUUCGCAUUACUCUUAUUUGUCUCAUCGGUGUUUGUUAUCAUAAACUUAAUCAUGCCAAUGUUCCUCAUAAUUAAGGAAUUUCUUUUAUGCUAUUGUACAGUAGAUUUUUGUACGAAACAACCUAUUCUACUACUUUGCUUAUUUGUAGAUUAUGACUGUAAGUUUAUUUUGUGUGUUUUUCCCAUUUAUUAAGUUUCAUGUAUGUUAACUUUUCCUUCCUUUAUGUGAAGAUCACUUGUCUUUGGUUAAUUCUUUCUAAUAGAAGAACAAAUGGCCAAAAUCUUGUGUUUUUUAAAAUUGUAUCUAGGAGGAUAUACUACUAGUGAUAUUGGUUUAUUUAGGUUGAAUUUUUUAUUGCUUUUAAGAUUUAAGCACAUUAUCUGGAGGAAAUUUGCUAAUUAUUUAUUAUUCUGUGUACUAGGAGGUAUACCAUAUUCGUUGUUCAUACUGAUAUAGAAUGCAGCAUGAAUGAUAGUUCUUUUUAGUCCCAUAGAGUUGAGUAUCAAAUGCGUAAACCACUUUACUUCAAUCGUCAUCCUCUUUAUUUUAUAUUUUCAUGAUGAAGUGAAAUAUUCCAAAUUUUUUAGCAAGAUAAAUUUGAACAAUGUUUCUGUAGAGUUGUUUAUUGUUCUCUCAUUUUAUGACAGGUAUUUUUCUACCUGUGCAUGAUAAAUCAGUAUUCGUCAUAAUUUCAAUUUUGUUUACUCACUCACCACUCUCGUGUUUUUUCUCUUAAAAAAACUUAGUGCGUUAACUUCGUUAGCUGAUAACUGUUUCAAUCACCAAUUUCUUGGUGUUAGAUAAUGUCGUUUCUUUUUCAUCAACUAAAUAUAUACGUCUGUACUUUAUGACGUAACUGACAGUUAUAAAAUUGUAGAGUUCAAUCACUGAUAAGUUUAUGUUAUUACUUUGCUUUAAUGCAUCAAUAAUUAAAUUAUCUACGCGAGAAUUAGUUUAUGAAUUGUUAUGUCUUCUAAAGUGAAUGAUAAGUCAUUGAAGAACUGAGUCUCCCUUAAAUCCUAUUGAUCAUUAUCAAUAUUAGUAGGAUGAAGAUAGAAAAAUACGGCUUGUUAAACUUAUUCACUAAUUAGUGAAUAAGAAACGUAAUUAAUAAUUUGCUUUGACGGAUCAAUUAUUUGUACUCAUUAAUUACUUGGUAGUAAUUAGUUUCAUGUUGUCUAAUGCCUCUUUUUGACCGAAUUCUCUCAGUUAAGUCACAAUAUGACCUUAUAUCAGUCUAAAUGACUCAGCAUUACGGUUUACUUUCUUUGAAGUUAGGGAAGAUUCUGUUAACAGUCAGUGGGUCAUAGAUGAUCCUGGUUACAUCUUAUUUGGCAAUUGUCAGUAAGUAGUAUUUGUAAUACCUAAGAUUCUGACAUUCCCCUUUGUGACUAGAACUUAUGUCGCACUGUAUCGUAAUCAGACGAUAUCAUUGAGAUAUUGCAAAAUGUUUUUAUAAAUACCAUAUAAUACUAAAUAUUCUGAUAUGAGGCGUCAAAGCUACAACCUUAGUUUGCAAGUUGUUUAGCAAAUAAUACCUAAAUAACAUGUUGCUGUAGGCUUUUUCUUUUCAAAUUAUCCCAAUAAUAAUAUGAUUCCUGACUAUUCACAUUUCCUGUUAAAAUACUACUACUACUGCAGUCGUUAAUUAAAUUAAUAUAACCUGAAAUAUACUGAGAAGGAAUUGUCUUUGUAGGUGUUUUACAAAUAGAAAUCAGACAGGACUAAGUUUACGGAAAUUUCCGUUCAUUGUUUCUGACAGUAUCAGUGUUAUUUUUAAAUAAUUGAUCAUAUAUCGUCUUGUGUUCAACAACCUUGAGCAUGUUUAAAUUAUAGAACCUAAAUAUAUAGUUUACCGAUCUAGGAAAGUUUGGUUUUUAACCAUCAAUAUUCAUCACGAUGAUUUAUGGAAUCAAUUGUUUAAAAAUUAUAGUUUUGGUAGAUAUUCCCGGUAGAAUUUUAAAGUAUACUCUGUUCAUAUUGGACAAGUAACCAUUUAGAGGAUAGAUUUUUUAAUGUUCGGUCAUACUUGUAUACGUUUGGCCUACUCUUGUAUAAUAAUUCACCUAUAAAUUCUGUAUUAAAUUAUACGAACAUAACUAAUAUCCUGGUUGAAUUGUGAAAAAGCUGGUGGAUUGAAUUAGACUGUUCGGUGUUACCAGUAUAUUUAUCCUGUUGUGAUUUUUUAAACAAUUUACUUCGCAACAAUUAUGUAUAGAUAUAAUGAAAAUUAUAUAUCAUUUGAGCUGUUGAUGUGCAAUCCGAGUUAUCUUGUAAUAAUUAGAGUAACCCAUUGUGUAAUUGCGAAUUCAGCGAAGAAAAAUUGUUUUCGACGAAUUUACUUAAGCUGUACAUUCGUAUUUAUAGUUGUAUGAUAAAUAAAUGUUUAUAAAAGGAUAGAAAAGAUUGCAUCAUAUAGUGAUUCGAUACAUCAAAUACCGAAUAGGGUUACGUGAUAAUCAGAGUUAGAUAAGAAUAGAAGAAUGCAAGUAAUUAACAGGUCAGAAUUUUGAAAUGUAAUAUUCCACUUAACAGAUGUGAAGAAAAAUGAAAAAAACAUAAAGGUCAUAAUAACAAUUAAAUAAUCGUCAGGAUAAACCCCAUUUUAUAUCUUAAAUCUCGAAUCCCUUUAUGAUGCAAUCUCUUUGUCUUACGUAAAACAUUAAACUGACUGUGUACUAAGGAAAAUUGUUUCACACCUUUCCCCGUGCUCUCCUCAAAUCUGUCGUUUAAUAAUAUCUAUAGUUCUAGAAAGGAUUUCACUGGGUAUUAUUGUUUUAUUAUUGAUAUGAAGACCAAUACCUUGUGUGAUAACGAACAUUAUGAUAAUAAUGAACUCGAGUAAUCACACUUGCUAAUUCAGUUUCAUGCUAGUUAAUGGAGAGUUAUCACACUAACACUGUAAUUUCAUUUAAUUAUGUAUUGGUAUGAAGCAGUUGAAGAAAAUAAAUUAUUAUGCACUAGUGUAAUGAUUUCCAGAAAAUCUUUAACAAAAUGUUUUUUAUAAAAAUAAUAAUGAUUCCACAUACAAUCAAAAGUAAAUGUUUCCCAUGGAAUUCUAUUAAUCAGAUCUCACAUGGAAAUAAUGAUUUACAACCAAUUAAAUAAUUAUUUUAGCAGAAAGAAAGUUUGACCGUGGAAGAGUUGAGCAUGUAUUCCAAUAACACUUAAACUAAUCAGUAUUUGUUUAAUAUAAUUGGUUAUAUCCUCAAAAUUUAUCCUUAGAUGUAUCAAAAAUACUACAAUCGGUUUAAUGUCAGUCAUUUUACAUCGUAUGUUUACAUAUAUACAAAUUUCGAUUUUCUCCCAUUCAUCUUGCUAAAUAGUUUACUAUUUGUUACGUUUAUUAUGUUGACUUUGCCUUAUGUUAUAUAAAGACGGGUUCUUUACAAUGCAGCUGGUAUCUUAGCUUGGGUUUUUGUGUGUGUAUUUACAGCUAACCGUUUUUUUGGUAACUAACUAACUUACAAAGAUUUCUGUUCAAAAAUUGUGGAUUUAUUGUUGUUGGUAAGAAUUUUCUUAUUCAAUCUGUCCUAUUGAAGUAUUGAAUUUCAUAUUCUGUUAAAUGUUUGCAAAAAAUCCUAUCAAAAGUAACUAUUGAUGUCACCUUAUGAUUUCACAGUAAACUGUUUCCCGAAGACAUAUUCGUGGUAAUUUUAUGGUACAUCCCAGGAUAUAUAUGGAGAGAGAGAGAGGGGAAAGUCUGUCUCAAGUGAAAAACUAAAAAUUUUCUAUAUGCGUUUCGCGACUUUGCUCAUUUCGGAAGAUAGGUCACUACUGGUCGCUAAUGGAAUUUUAGCUGAAAUGUAUAAGACAAUUUGGUAUUUGUCAGUUUUAGCUUACCAAACAGCUUAUAAACUAUCAUGUACCACUUUAUAUGUGUUGAACAUAUAUUGAAAGUUGUGAACAAUAAGAGUAAAUCAAACUAUAUGGCUGUUAACUUUCACUGACUGAAGCAGCUCGGUCGUAUGUAUCUCCCGUCAAGUCAUCGUCUACUUUUACUUGCAAUGCUCACUAAACUGAGCUAAUGGCGAACUGUUUGUCUAAAUUACCCAAAUAAAUCAAGACUUAUAGGAUGUUUUCAUGAUAAACCAGUGAUAAGUGGCAUGUUUAGUAUAAUCGAAAAUCAGUGACGACGUUUGCAUUUAAUCAACUCUAUUCUGUACUCUAUGUCAAGCCUUUUACGAUUAUUUUAUAUUCCUUUCUAAGCCCGUAUUUGACCACGUCUAGUGUAAUAUCUUUCCAUUUUGAUUGAUUUCUAUCUUGAUGUACUGCUGUAAGGUUUUAAAAAUGGGUGCUGUUUAUCUUUGUACAGCAUUGUAUGUUGCCUCUUUCUAUGAUGUUUUACUUCCUGUACAAGCGCUUUAUUAGUUUCGGUUUAACAGCAUUUACUUUCGCUUUCAUUGUUGUUGUUACCGUUGUCACUUACUAGUUUAUUUAGUGUUUUUAUAAUUAUUCAUAUCUUCUUUAUCUAUAAAAAUACUUGGGUUUAUUUUUAACAGUUUAUUUCAAAAGGCUCCCAAUGAAAUGUUAUAAAGUCGUCAGGCUGUUUACUAUUGUUUUGUUACAGUUGUAGUUGAGUCAGUUAUCUUAUUCCAACCAAGAUUCAGUUAGGCAUUUGAACAGAAAGAAGAAGUAUUUUUCACUUCUUUCGUUAUUUCCUAAAAUAAGUUGAUUAACUUUCGUUUCAUAUGAUAUGUUAAUGUAUUAUGUCACUUCUAAGGUACUCAGUUUUAUUUCUCCUUAUUAUUGAACUAUUUUUUCUUUCAGUUACUGUGAUCAGUCAUCGAGCUACAUUAAUUGAUAGUAAUCGUUUUCUAGUUGGUCGUGCUGAAGCUCUUGGAACACUAUGUCGAAUAAUGAUCUACGCUCAACGUGGUCGUUUAGCAGAGGAAUAUCUUACACGAUUUUAUUUAUGUCUUUAUUAUGCAUUGGUUGUUGAUCCAACGGUUAAAAAUGAUUAUAUUUUAUGUUUAGUGUUAUUCUAUUCAAUUGAUUUACUUCGUGUUGAUUUACCCGGUAUCAAUAUCUUGAUACCACGUAUAUAUGGCGCUUGUCAGCAUGUUUUAAAGGAAGAAAUUAACAUGAAACCUGAAUUUUUAUCACCAACCUUGGUUCAACGUGCAGCUAUACAUCAGCUUAUGUCAAUGGUAUGUAUUCCUAUUCAAUUUAAAGGCGCACAUUUAAAACCUUUGAUUCCUUUGAUGUCUAAUGAGGAUAAUCCAUGUUCAUUGAAUGAUAUAAAAAAUAUGAUGGUUAAUAUUUUAUGUGAUACGUUAAGUAGUACAGAAGAUCCGGUAAAUUUUCAAUUGUUAUUAAGUGUGGCGUUGGCUUUAAUUGAAGACAUGUCAGCUGAUGAGAUGCAGUCAUCUAAUAUUCGAACCGACCCUGGCAAAUCUCACACAACAUCUAGUUUCUUCAAUAUUCUGACACCACUGCUUUGUGGUAAUUUAGUAUAUAAGUGGAAAAAUGAUUCAUCAGUUAUGCUUUAUUUAUUAGAAAUCGUCUCUGGUUUAUCUAGUGUACAUGUUACACCAGUUGAUCCAUCUACUUAUAGACAUACCGUUCGAUCAAUAUGUGAAUUUAUUACAAAUCAAUGUAACCGUGAAAAAAAAGACCAUAAAAGGCAGCUACAUAGUAUUAUUGUUGCUGCGUAUUAUUGUUUAUCUUCAUGGAUUGUACAACAUGUGAAUUUAUUAUUAUCUGAUCGAGAAUGUGUAUGGACUAUAUUAGAAACAAUUGAAUUGGGUAUUUGUGGUGCUAAGUCUUCAAAUAAACAGGCAAAAAAUGAGCCCCCUACUACUAUUCUCAAAGGUCAGAAACCUUUAGUUCCAUCCUCAAAACGUGUUUGUGAUGCAGCUGAGGCUUGUCUGUCAAAUUUAAUGUCAGUAGCUGGAUCUUUUCCUGGACCAUUCGGGACCGAUACAACAUGUUCUCAAUUAGCAGAAGAUAACAUUUUGAAAUUGAUUAUGGAUGAAGAGUCGAAUUCAUCUAAGGGUCGGUCAGAAUUUCACUAUUUCUGGUCCGAACCCAAUUUAAUAAUUGGAUUGUGUGAAUUCCCUACGAACUCGUUUAAAUCAACCAUAAAACCAAAAAUUGAUUGUUCAAAAGAUGGACCAGCUGCAAUUUUAAUUAUUCGAGGACCAUUUGGACGUCAUGUUUGGAUAACGCAUAUGCGUCUUUCACCACUGUUGGGAAACGACUCAAAUUCCCAGUCAAAUUAUUCGGAUCAAAAACAAGAAGUAGUAAUUAAUCGUCCUAAACCAUGGGGUUGUUUUCUUGACAGACUUAUCACCACAGUAACCAACAAUGAAAAUGUUCCUGCUUUAAAUUUUCCACAAUCGAUAUCCGAUAUUCCACUUGUUGAAGCGUAAGCAAUAUGUUUCUUGAUUAUUUGUCAUUACUUAGGUUCGCAUUUCGAGGCUAGAUAUACUCCCCAGACUUGAGGAAACUGAUCCCUUCUGGUGGGUUUGAAUCCACUUCAUUCACACUCACAGUUUGAGACGUCACUGAGCUAUUCUUGCUGCAAAUGACUUUCCAGUGGAUUGAGACGUUUCCAAUUUAUUGGUCUCUAAGCAGUUAUUAAUGUCAUGUUUUCUAGUUUUUUGGCGCUGAUCAGUAAUUGAUAAAGAUCCACCACUUUUCUGUAGUUGUACUUUAUAUUUUUCAUGAUACACAUUGAAUUGUAAUUCAGUUUCUCAUUUGUGCCCUAAAUCUGCUUAGUACUGUAUUUUUGUGCAUUUAUAUAUAUAUAUAUAUAUAUAUAUAUAUAUAUAUAUAUAUAUAUAUACCCAAUUCUUUAUCAUAUCAAAAUUAGUGAUCAUAUAAUACCUUCGCUGGAUGAAGUUGGUAGUGAACUUGGAAGUAAUGUUAGACAAGAAAUUAGUGUAUUCAAGAAAUUAAUAACCACACAUGCUUCAUUAGCAAAGGAAGUUGGAUUACGUUGUGUCCAAGAAAAAAUUAAUGCACCUUAUCCUGAUCCAAUCACAGAAGCACAAGCACCAAUUCCCGUUGUUGGUUUUCACCCAAUACGUUUAUUACUAACACAUUUGGGCUAUUUAUCAAUCGGACCUUCUCAAAUGCCCCAGUCAUUAUGGCCACGUCCAGAGUUAAAACGCGAUAACCAAUCAGGUGAACGUCUUGGUCUUGGGAAUCGGCAAAGUCCAUCUUUAACAGCUAAUCGUAUCAUACAGGGGCUUUCGUCUACUUUGCCGUCGAAUAGUACUGAAGACGAACUAUUGCCCUUAUUUCCAUUCGAUGUGGAAAAUCCAGAUUUUGCUGAUAUAUUAACAAAUCUAGACCAUAUGCCAACCAGAACAGGUGAUACGCUUUUGGCUUUUUAUGUUGCUGCUGGUCAGUCAAAAGUUAGUGAUAUUCUUGCGAAUAUGGUAAGACUACUACUUUUUUUAUUUCUGUUUAUCAAAAUAACUUUACUUAACUGAAAACUUAAUAAAAUUUAACUUAUUAUUCAACGAAAAACCACUCCACAAGCUUCGAGAUUUAGUUCUGAAUUUUUUUUUCACAAAAUAACUCCAAACAUUUAGUAGUAUCACUUGAUCGAUAAAUAUUGAUAAUGAGCCUUCAGCAUUGGAAAAUGAUAAUGUUUGCAUAAUAAUCAGUUGUCUUCAUUUAUUCACCUGAUAGAAUAUAUGACAUUGGGAUUAUUAAACACCUAAGAUUCAACCCAUACUUUCAUUUAAACAGUUUACUGUGUGUCGCCAUUUUUCAGUGGGAACUGUUGAACUCUAUUCAUAUUUUCCAUUACGUCGAAAACCCAAAACGUUUCGGUUUAGUGUUCUACGAGUUGAAGAUGUGCAUAAUUGGUUUCUGUUAAAUUCAUUUUCCAGAUGACAUGAUGCAAAUGUUCGUGAACUAUUCUGUAUGGACAGUGGGAGUAAGUUUAACUAACUACACCUAACAACUCGAUAUUGCAUACUUAUUACGUUUGUUAUCCCUCGUUGAGCAUAGACUGUUGACCGGCAAUCUCGAAUCAACUCUCCUGGGUUCUGCUUCCCAGUUAUUGUCAAAUGUUAUUCAUUCUUUCAAAGCCCGCCUUCUAUUCCCAGCACAAUGUGUUCUGUGGUCUACGUAUACCUGAACACCGAUUACCACGACGUGCAAUGCUAACCGGUGUUGGGGAUGGUGGGUAGAAAGUUAGGGGCGGCUAAACCGAAACGUGGCAUCAGUGCUUGAAGACAUUAACUCCUAGUCUAAGCCAUGUUGGUAGAUGCAGACUACUUGGUUGGGGUCCGCGUGACUAUUGUAACCAAUGGUCGAAGACUCUUGGUGACAUGGCUCAGAAUCGGUCACAAUGGCGUGGGUGUGUACACUGUUUUCCCUUAAACUAAGAGAUUAAAAUCACUUCAUAUCUUUCUUUCUACGAAAUAAUUCUUUCUUCCUGUACUAUAUCCUUAUAUGCAAUCUUUCUUUUAUAUAUUACCACCAUUGACUUAACCACUCCUAUGAAUCCUGUGUUCAUCUUGUUGUGCUAAUGAGGUAUGUGUUGGCAUAUUCAGAAAAAUAUACCAAUAAUUAUCCUGUUAAGUCUAAUGGUGUCCUUGGACUUUAAAUGGACAUUUCCUAUUGGUCAAUGUUUAUUUCACUUGUCAAAUAUUGUACAAAUGUUGUUUCUAUUUUAUGGUACGAUGUGGUCUGUUUUAUUGGUAUAUAAACAGAGUAUGCUUGAAAUAUAACGAUUCAUAUCUCAGAAGCUGAGACUUGCGUUUUGGACUCAACUGGCUAGGCUAGACAGGGAAGCAGGGCCAAUCAGGACUCUAGGUCGUUCUUACGUGUUUACGUGUCAUUGAUCCGAUCGAUAAUACGCUGCGCAUCUAAUCUGCAGUCACAAGUCAUAACAAUAUGGCAACUUGGCCCGAUGCAUAUAUGUGCCUGGUCCUACGUUGUAGCUGACUGACUGAAGGUUUACCUCGUGACUCAGUUUGAUAAUUCCCACAAUGUGUAUCCUAUCCAUCCAGAGUCUUCUUAACUUCCUGGUUUGUUCUCUGCAACAGUAGGUAUCUGGUGAAGACAACUGUUUAUAGAUGGCUGUACUCUUUUGAUGAUGGUUGUAGUAGUUCUCCACGUUUCAGCUCCGUACAACAGAACUACAUUGAUGUUUGUACUGAAAAUUACGACUUUCACACUUCGGCGUAGAGAGAAAAAAUUAGAUCUCUGCCAAAAUAACUUAUACUGCUUCAACAAACCUUACUCCAAAGAUUGUCAUGUGAAUAUUUGGUGUGGAAAUUUUGAAAAACAAAAAAAUAAUAUGACGCACUAAGAUAAUGGUAAAUUGGUUAAGGUAAACCGAUAGGAAUGCAAUAGAAAAUAAUCAGAUUAUAAUAGAUUGUUAUUCCAUAAGGAUUCAAGAAAGUGAAGAUUUACUAAAAGCAUAUUAAUGAUUAAAGGUGGAUUAGAUGAAAUUUCUAAUAAUUACUAUUAGCUUUAAAACAAGUAUUGAGAUAUCAAAGCCAGUUUCUUCAACACACUUCCCAGUCCACUUGUGGUGCGUUCUACUUAUAUUGAUGUAAGUAGUAUAUGACGCGAGUUGAAAACUUGAUGUAUGGUAGCAGAAGAUGGGGGAAGAUCAAGAAAGGAAGAGCGAGAACACAAUGCAAUUUGUAAGAAAACGCAUGAACAAUGAAAUGUGAGACAAUGGAUUGGUGUUUGCAACAGGGACAGUCCAGAAGAUUUGGUCAAGACUACCUGAAGCAUUUCAUCAGUUCUUAAGUGGUAUCGGCUGUAUCAAAGAUAUUUCUGAUCAUUCAGGUUGGACAGGGAACCUUCAAACUAGCUAUCGUACAUCAAAUGGAUACUUGGUGACGGGUCACUGUAAUCAGACGAAAAAUAUACAUGCUGACCACUGUCCGGAUGGUAUUCAAUCAAUUAUAUACUAUGCUGAUGCAAUAACAGAAUUAGCAUGCAUUUGUCCCACUAAUCAAUUUUAUGGAAAUGAAGAGAAUUCUGACUCAAACCGUUCGUUAAAGAGUACACGUUAUCGCACUGCUAGCGAAAUCAUAACUAACAUUACUCGAGGGACAAGUCAAAGUGCAGUAGGCAUGGGAGAAGUUGGGGCAGACCCGACUGGAGGUCGAGUGGCAGUUGUAUGGCUCGAACGAUGGGAAGAUGGACCUAUGCACUAUGAACCAGGAGUUGGGACGAACAUCCAGAAUAUGACGAGCAAGAAUUUUGACUGCCCUGUCACAAUUUAUGUUCAUCCUUUAAGUUCCGGAUUAUGCAGAGUUGGCAUUAUGCGUCUUCAAGGACGAACAUUUGAAGCUGGUCCAUUACAGAAUGGAUCUGUAUUAAGUCAGCGUUGUCUUAGUAGUUUUGUAAGACAAACUGUAAUAAACUUAUCACGACGACGUCGUUUGGCUUCCGACUCAUUUCAACCUCCUCAUGUUCGACGAAGCCAUGAAUUGUUCAGAUUGGCAGAAGCAAACCGUAAAAUUGUUCGAGUUCAGCCAUCAUCAUCUGGCAAUAAAACUAAUACAUACUCUUGUAACACAGCGAAUAUUGUACGUAGUCUUUUUUCUAGACAAACUCAAAUUCAUUCUAGCUAAAGCUUUUCAUAUUUUAACUGUAAUAUCCACUAUUGUUGUGAACAAGGAUUCCUUCAUAUUUACAUAUCAAACAGAAUGUUUUUUUUUCUUUUUAUUUUCAUACUUUCUAAUCUUACGUAUUUAACAUGUAACUAAAUAUACUUUUACAUUUUAAUUUUCUUGAUCUAUAAUUAUGGUAAUGAUAUAUGAAAUUUGCACACUUACUACACAUUCAAAAUCGAAUACUGUCUGUGAGUAGACUGGAAACUGCAGCGGACAUUUAGUCUUUACAGUUGAGAAUUCACAUAGAAAGGGUAGAUAAAAGCUAAGUAGAUAAAGUUUUUAUUUGUAAAUGUAAUGAUGUAAUGUAAUAAUGUAAACUACAAGAAUGGAAACGUCUCUCAAUAGUACGCAAUGGAAAUGGAUGCUUCUUAAUACUUUUGUUGCUCACGAACUAUAUUGUUUAUUAGAUUCACUAAAAUCGCUGUAUUUGUGACAGAUCAUAAAACUGUUAAAAUGCAA